AUGCCUGCCAAUAGCCAUUCAAUCAAAGUUCAGAAACUGAGGAACUCAUGCGAUUCGUGCAACCUUGCGAAGCUCAAGUGCUCCCGGAGCCGACCCUCCUGUACCCGAUGCGAGUCUCAGGGGGUAAAAUGCGUCUACGGCGUAUCUCUGCGAGCUGGGAAGCAUCGAGCAAACGGGAGUAACGUCCAGAAACCCUCACCAGAGUCUCCACUGUCGGCUAAAGACUCCACCAAAGAAUCCACUCCGAUACCGACCUUCUCCACGGCCGAGAUCAGCCGAACUUUGGAGCCAGCGUUCUCGUCGAUCCUGGAUUCUAUGCCUGUGAAUACGGACUGGUCGUCUUUUUUGGCAGAGGACAAUCCAUAUCUACCAAGCAACUCCAUGGACUUGAAUAACAAAAACAUAAGCCCCCAAGAGCAGUCCUGGAAGCCUAGUAUCGCGCAAAGUCACUCUGACCUGUCGCUGAAUACUUUCCAAUUCGAUCCCCGAUACACCUUCGCUGCCAGGCCUCAAAUUAGCCCCCAACCAUCCAGAUGCCGGACAUUUUCUGGUUCAACGCUACUAUCCGAGGCACAAAAAUCACCGCUCUUCCAAAGUAAUGAUGCUUGCCUUUGCGGUCGCAAAAUCUUGCAGCAGCUGCUCACCCUCACCGCAACACCCGACGUGCCAGCUGCCUUCGAUGCCGCCCUGAAUCAAAACAAACACAUUAUUGCCCUAUGUCACAGCAUACUCAACCAUGAAACACAUCAGCACCGUGAUAUAUCCUUCGUUCUAAUCCUCACUGCGCUUAUAGCCAAAGUCAUCGCCGUUUAUGAGACUAUCUAUAGAUCGCAUCACCUCACGAAGGGCUAUUGUCGAAGGCCCGCUGUUAAAUCCACAUAUUUCACUGAUAUUGGGAUCGGCGACGGGGACAGCGCUGAGUCAUCUGAACCGAAUGGCAUCAACAUAGAGCACCAUUCCACAUUGGCCUCGCCGAGAUCGCUCACCGGCAUGACGAAGCCAUCAUUAGCUCCAGUGCCCGUGCGACUAACAAUGGGUGCAUAUCAGCUCGACGAGGAGGAUGAAGAGAGGAUGAUACUGGAUAUUCUCAAACUUGAGCUUUCCAAAGUCAGCGCGCUCAUAAAGACAUUCGAACAUCUCUUUUGCGGCACUGGGCCAGAUGAUCAGGAAAGCAAGUAUGAGUCUAAGGCUUAUGAGGAUUUGGUAUACUACCUUCAGAAGAGGUUACGUGUCACCCUUGAGACGCCGAGGGAUUGA